UUCCGCAUGUUCUUCGUUUGCACCCAAUUCCGUGUAAAACGCGCCGAACUUGGGCAGGAACACGUCGCUGAACGUCGUUAUCUUGGCAUUCAAUUCCACACGCGAGCGCGGUAUCUGAUCAUCGUCUCCGAACAAGAUCGUGCGUGCCGAUCCACGCUGGUUGUACGCGCACAGUAGCAUGUCAAGAUCCUCCAGUUUCGAGUUUAGACAUUUCCUUACUCGAUCUCUAAAGGUAUUUCCUCCUUCUUCGGUGAAUGCAGACGACGUUAAGUCCAGCGUGAUGACGUACUUCUGUGCUCGCUUUACAUGUGCCGACCUGCUGGUGGUUGGUAUGGACUUGCCGUACUUCUCCCCUACGAUGCCCAAUUGCUGGUACGUCUCUACGUCCACCAACAGCAGCAACUGGCCCGACGGCAGCAGCAUCGCCGACUGUGACGCAUCCACCGGAGCGUUCUUGGCUACCAUGAACACGGCGCCACCGUCCGUCAGAUACUCGCGGAUGAAGGUCGGCGAUAGAAACAUGUCGACUGGCGCCUUAAUUUCGUAGUAGAAACCCGUUUCCCAUUGGAGCGACUGCGCGGCAGCUUUCCCAGCUUUGGACGGGAGAUAAACUUCGAGUUGCUGGUUGACGGCGUGGCCAUUGAUAACGCUCUCGUGGCGAGACGCGGCAUGUGUGAAGUGCGAGUGCCACACAAGCAGACGAGAGGAGGGGUAUGCAGUAUCCGAGCUACUCUGAAGCAGCGCGCCGGGGCCCUGGAGCCGAGCGCGGCGCUGCCGGCGAGGCUUCUUGCCUCCACUCACCAUGUUUAGAAAUGGCUACAUUACGUCGGAUGUGAAUCAAUGU